AUGACUGGUGCGAGGGAGAAACUGCCAGAUGAGGAAGUCAGGGGAAGAACAGAACAAACACCAUCGCUAUUACUGACUCCCCCUUCUCAACUCAGAUUGUAUCCAAAAGCAGAAGUUACGAGAGCUUUCAGACAGGAAGGUAAAGUCCAAGUGCCAAAUCCCCCAAAAAUUGAUUUACAAUUGUUUUCAGGAGAGAAUCCGAGAGAUUGGCUGAGAAAGUGUAACAAGUAUUUCAUUAACUAUCAAAUUCCGAAUGAGCAAAAAGUAGCUAUCGUAGAGAUGUAUCUUGAUGGAAAGGCAGACAGGUGGUUCCAAGGGGUGAGGAUUGAGAAGCCUAGGCUAACCUGGGAAGAGUUUGGGGAGAUUCUGUGUAAAAGAUUCAAUGAUAAUGACUAUAAAGACAUAAUUAAGGAAUUCAACAAAUUACAACAGGAAGGAAGUGUGGAAGAAUACCAGGAGAGGUUUGAAAAAUUAAAGCCACUAAUGUUGGCCAAGAACAAAAACCUUGAUGAGAGCUACUUUACCUCCAGUUUCAUCAGUGGCCUGAAAGAAGAAAUUAAGCCUAUGGUGAAGAUGCUGAAGCCUGCUACACUGUCAGAGGCCUUUGAGAUCUCUCUGUGGCAAGAACGCAACAUUAAAGUCCAGUUCAGAGGGGUUAGAGAAGGCCACAGAAAUGUUGCAGAAAGUACGUUUGGCAUGACCAAAGGCACUACUCCUACAGCAACCAACAUCAACAAAUACAAGAUACCUUCAACUAGUAAUUUCAGGAACACAAAAUUUAAGAACUUACAAACUGACCAUCAGGAUCCUAAGAGGAUUUCACCUCAAGAAAUUCAGUACAGGAGAAACCACGGAUUGUGCUUUAAGUGUGGGGACAAGUAUGGACCUGGACACCAAUGUAAGUUAGGACACUUGAACUUUCUGAUUGGUGAAGAAGAGGAGGACUCAAUGUUCGAAGAUGCACUGGGGGAACAAGAUAACCAAACUGGAAAUCCUGGCCAAGUGAUGGAAAUGUCCUUUCAUGCAUUGUCUGAGGCCUUAAAAAGGAAGACUAUCACAUUAACAGGGAAGCUGGAUGGGGAAGAGGUGUUGAUCCUAGUGGAUACUGGCAGUUCAGAUAGCUAUAUCAACAGUGAAUUAGUCAUUGGCAUGGAUAUCAAGUACCAAAUGGUCUCAAAUCCUUUUUCUGUGAUCAUGGGAAAUGGCACCUGUGUUACUAGUAAUGCACUUUGUCCAGAUGUAAUGUGGGAAGUCAAUCAGUACAAGUUCAGGUUUGAUCUUAAAGUAAUGGAGUUGGGAGAAUGGGAUAUUAUAUUGGGAGUGGAUUGGAUAGUGCACUUCAGUCCAAUCACAUUUGAUUUCCAUCAGUUAAGAAUCUCUCUGUUCAACCAAGGACAAACCGUACACCUACAAGGACAAGCUGAGAACUGUGAUCUGGACUUGAUCAGAGGGAAGGACUUGAGGUAUUUCAUUGAGUAUAAGAGACAGGUGUGUGUAGCCAUGGAAUGGAAGCAAAAUAAGGAUGGAAAUGAGCAUACCAUACCCAGAGAAGUGGAGGAUAUCCUCAGUGAAUAUGCUGAUGUCUUCAAGACACCUGAUUCUUUACCUCCAAGAAGGAGCAUUCACCAUAAGAUUACUCUGAAACCAGGCUCUCAACCAGUCAAGCUCAAGCCAUACCGUUACCCUCACUCUCAAAAAGGAGAAAUAGAAAGACAAGUUACAGAAAUGUUGGGGAACGGAAUAGUUAUACACAGCACCAGUCCAUUUGCAUCUCCAGUGCUGCUAGUCAAAAAGAAAGAAGGCACUUGGGAGUUCUGUGUGGACUAUAGGAAAUUGAAUGAGAUGACUGUUAAAGACAAAUAUCCAAUACCAAAUGUAGAGGAACUACUAGAUGAGUUGGCAGGACCUGUGUUCAAGUCUAAGCAGGACCUAACAGCAGGCUAUCACCAGAUUCGAGUCAAGGCUGAGGAUACUCACAAGACAGCAUUUCAAACUCAUUGUGGCCAUUAUGAGUUCCUGGUAAUGCCGUUUGGCCUUACCAAUGCACUAGCCACCUUUCAAUCUCUGAUGAACCAGGUAUUUCAACCAUAUUUGAGGAAAUUCGUUUUGGUAUUCUUUGAUGAUAUACUAGUCUACAGUCCUACAUUGGAGUCACAUGUUCAGCAUCUGAAAACAGUGCUCGAUACUCUAAGACAGAACCAACUGUAUGCAGAAAAAUCUAAAUGCUCUUUUGCUCAGAAAACAGUAGACUAUUUGGGGCAUACUAUUUCUGAGAAAGGUGUUAGUAUGGAUCAAUCUAAGAUUGACUGUAUCUUGAAGUGGCCUAUACCACAGACUGUGAAAGAAUUGAGGAGCUUUUUGGGAUUGACAGGGUACUAUAGGAGGUUCAUACAAUAUUAUGGACAAAUAUGUAAACCUUUGACUGAACUUUUGAAGAAAGAUAGCUUCACAUGGAAUGAAGGUGCUCAGAGCUCUUUUGAGAAAUUGAAGGAACUAAUGCAGCAGCAGCAGAGAUUUGUUGCUUACCAGACGUUCUCUAAGACUCCGCCCGCUGCUCCUGCUGCUACCAAUCGGAAGCCCCUUCCUAAUUCUGGCAUUCAGCAUCACCCUGACAUCAACGGCAAUGGACCGCCUAACUUGAAUUCGCCACCAUUGCCUGCAAGCCUUCAUUGGAGAAGCACGGAAUCUGGGUUUGAGGAAAAACCAGAGGAAGAGGAAGCAAACCGAUGGGCGAAGGGAUGGUGUCGCUGA